AUGAGAUUCACUUGGUGGACUUUGGCCUCGGCCGCCGUCGUGUUGGCGGUGCCGGCUCCCCAGGCCCCGGGACAAACGCCCACUCCGACGAGCAGCAGAACGCCGACGCCCAGCGCCCCCAAUGGAACGAUCCCUGGCGGCAAUGCCCAGGCAUGUGCUCAGAUUCAGCCCAAGGUGCAACAAUUCCUUAUGGCGAGCCCGAAAGCAACACCCCAAGUCCCUGCUCAACUGGCGUUCGAUUGCCUUCAGACAGUGCCGAACAAGAAGGGCCCGGCCAAGGACCUCAUCAAGAGCGUGAAGGCCUACGUCCAAUGGCAGUCCACGCUAUCGUGGCUCAAGAACCCGCCGGCGUCGUACAUGCUGCCGGCCACCGACAUCGAAGGCGGUCUCGACGAGAUUGAUAAGAAGGCCGAGGCCGGCUCGUACAAGAGCGAGUACGAGUUUCAGCUCGCCAUUUUCCAGCUGAUUGCUUCGGCUCACGAUGGUCACUUUGUCUUCCGCGGUGAUGUGUUCAAGGGCUUCAGCUUCCGCAACAAACUCGCUAACGACAUCGUUUCGGUCUCGCGCGACGGCGUUGAAGUGCCCAAGCUGUACCACCUUUCCCAGCUCGACGGCAACUCCACUCCCCCCGCCAUCGUUAGGAUCAACGGCAGAGACGCCGCCACCAUGAUCGAGGACCUGAACCUGAAGUUCAGCGGCUACCAGGACCCUGACUCGCAAUGGAACUCCAACUUCAAGUCAUACGCCUCCAAGGAUGGCUCCAUCGUCGUUGCCGCCUCCCUCGCCUUCCAGGGCCCCAAGGUGACCAUCACCUACGACAACGGCGAAGAGCGCUCCGAGGACAGCUUCGCCCUCAUCCGCGCCGGCGCCAACUUUACCGGUGUCAACAGCGGCGAGGACUAUUACAACAAGUUUUGCAACCCCGAUACUCCGGCCAAACCCCAACCGUCGCAGCCCGGCAUCAAGCCCAACCAGACGAGCCCGACACCGCCCAAGACUUCUAACCCGCCGCCGCCUCCCCUGCCGACGAUUGAGGGAUAUCCCUAUCCGAUGAUACGUGACAGCGGUGCUAACACCACCUCUGGUUACUUCCUCAACGGAACAGGAUACGACGAUGUUGCUGUCCUCGCUGUUUCGUCAUUCUCCCCUCCCGACGCCAUUGAUCCUACUGAGUACUUGACCAACUUUCAAAGCACCGUCGCCACGUUCCUGAAGAAGAGCAAGGAAGCCGGAAAGAAGCGUCUCGUCAUUGAUGUUGCUGCCAACGGCGGUGGUUUCGUUGUAGCAGGAUAUGAACUCUUUGCACAGUUGUUCCCCGAGGUCAACCGCUUCCAGGCCGAUAACCUUCGUCUGUCGGAAGGUCUCACCAACCUGGCUCGUCUCUCCGCCGCCAUCCCCUCCAACUUCACGCCCUCUACACCCGAGGAGAAGGAUGCUGUAGAAACAUUGAGCGGAAGCCCCAUCGUCAGCAACCUGCUGCCCGGAGGUGUCUACACUCCUGAUGAAGCUGCCUUCACGACUGUCGACCAAAUCCUCGCACCAGUCUCACUCAACGGAGAUACCUUCACUGCAUACCAGCAGACUCCCCUCAAUCAAUCGGACCCGACAUUCAACCUCACCGGCGUCGGCAGCAGGGCCAACCCACCCCCUCGCGUCUUUGAGCCCGAGAACGUGGUCCUCUUCACUGACGGCACCUGCGGCUCAACCUGCACCAUCUUCUCCUACCUCCUGAUCCUCCAAAUGGGCAUCAAGACGACCGUCAUCGGCGGCCGCCCGCAGAGCGGCAUCAUGCAGUCCAUCGCCGGUGUCGAAGGCGCCCAAGUAUUCGCCUUCAACGACCUGACGACCGACGCAAAGGCCAUCCUCGCCCUCACCCCCAAGGACAAGAAGGAGGAAAUCAAGAACGGCGUGAUCGGCGAGCUGGCAAAGGGCUACGCCAUCAAGCGCGCCACGACGCCCAAGAGCGCCGGCGCCAUCAACGCAAAGAACGCCUUCUCCAUGUCGGACGCCAGGACGCCGCUGCAGUUCCUCUGGGAGCCGGCCAACUGCCGCAUCUUUUACAGCCACGAGAUGCUCUUCAAGCCCGAGAACGCGUGGAAGCGCGUCGUCGAUGCCACCUGGAGCAAUCCCACGCAGUUCUGCGUCGCUGGCUCCCAGGUACCCGUGACCAAGAACGCUACCAUGGAUCCUCUGUUCAGGCAGAGCCAGAAUAACACCGGCUUGCCUGGUGCUGGCAAGAGCGCCGCCGCUGAGGGUAUUUCCGGCGCAGGACUGAAACUCGCAGCUCUGAUUGCGACGCUCACGGUUGCCAUCUUGGCCCUGUAG